CAGAGUGCCAAGUGUUUUUCUAUAAUUUAUCAAAAUGAACUAUUACGACCACAUAACCAACAUGGUGACCCUGACGCGCGUCGAAAGCCAAAAAUCGCUGUCGAUUACCGAAAAUUUGGACAUUCAGAAAAACCUGCUGCGCCCAAAAAACCUGAAGCUGCAAUCAACCAAAAAAAUUUCAACCAGCGAAAUAAAUUUGGUACAACAACGUCGAAAAUCGACGCCGAAUGGAUUCGGAUCCAAAACCAAUUUGGUGAAUGGUGAUGUGGUUUUGGAUAACCAGAAGGUUUGUAAGAACAAAAAUUUGGCGUCCAGUGAAUCUAGUUUAAUUGAGACUUUAGUGGAAAAAAGUCCUAGAAAAUUAUGGAGCGUACAAAAACGCCCAGUGUCGUCUAUAGAAUUAUCUACGCCUAGGAAAAUAAGUGACACCAAAACUCCGGCCAAGGUUUCGCCUAAAACACCAACCGAGACACCAGAUAAGAAAAAGUUGACUCUUGAUAUCAAGUUGGCGAACCAGAAACUGGGUUCGACUCCAAAGUCAUCCAAAUCUAAGUCUUCGGAUCUGAAGACUCCAAAGACUCCUUUUGAAGACAAAUUGACGAGUCAGGAGAAAUUGUCCAAAGUUUUGAGCGAAAAAUUAGAUUUACCAGAAAUUGAUGAAGAGGUGAAGGACGGCUUGAAGAUUCCUGUAAUUGUUACCACGGAUGUCGACCAGGGCGAAGAAGUUGAUGUCGGUUCUGAGGAUGAUAAUGAAGAUGAAACCGAUGGAAACCUCAAAGCUCAAAGCAGUUCUCCUCGGCUGUCGGCUUCGCCCAGCAGCGCCGGCAGCGGCGGCGGCGGCAAACCCGGCGGCUCCUCGAAGGCGCGACAGAAGAAGUUCCAUCGGCACUUCCAGCAAGUCGCCGAAGAGGAACGGGUCAUAAACUGUAAGUAG